AUGCGGCUCACAGUGGAUAUAAUCCGUCGCGCUCCGCAGUUUACCAACACCCUCCUGCAGCGGGAGAUUGACCUCCGCGGUCUCGGCUUAACUGUGCUUGAUGAGCGAUCUUUGCAGCAGUUGAAUGACAGCUUUGACGUGCUGAACCUUUCGCAGAACCCCCUUGUGCGCCUAGAUUACUUUCCCAGUGGCAUUGGCACCGGCACGGCGUCGCAGGCGGGAGCAACCACUUCUGUAGAUCCGGGGCAGCGAAUGAUGCUUCGUUUGCAGUCUCUUGUUGUGCAUCGUAACCGCCUUUCGCACGUAAGCGAGGCGACGUGUGCGGCACUGCUUCCUAAUAUACGGGCCUUCUUAGCGGACCACAACGAAUUCCGUGAACUGCGUGACCUGUUGUUUCUGUCGCACUGGCGGCAGCUGGAGAUUCUCUCCAUUGAACACAAUCCGGUGGCCCAGCACGAAAGUGAGGCGCGGCUGCGGGCGUUCGUUGUUUUUCUUUGCCCCAAACUAAAGCUUGUCAACUACCAGCGAGUGACGCAGGCCGACAGACUCAACGUGGAGAUGAUGCGGGGGGAGUUUGAGCAAUGUGUGAAAGAGUGGCGAUGCCUCGGGGAGCAGAGCCGCGUUGUUCGAAGCGGGGGUGUCGAGUCUGCUGGCGAGGCGGCAGUAAUUAAUGGAGAUGGUCUGGUUAAUGGUAAAAGACUGAGAAAACGUGGCCGUGAGGCUCGGGAAGCGGCAGCAGCGGCUGCUGCCGCAAGCACCUUCAGUAGCGGUGACGGCUUUGGGGAAGUGGCUUCCGCUGCGGUCGGCCCGUCGACGGCAGCCACGACGGUGGCGGCAUCGGAUGCCACACACGAGGCGCUUGACAGCACUCACGCUCGUCUAGAGGCACUGGAAGCGAAGAUGGCGGCUGCGGAGACGGAGGAUGAGUUGCUGGAGAUACAGCAGGAGAUCAUGGACUUGGAGGCGGCCGCAAAGCAGCAGCAGCAGCAGCAGCAGCAAGGGACGAAGUCGAAGCGGGCCCGUACCUCGUGA